AUGAAUAAUAACCUGCGGGAUGAUAGUAUUGCUGCGGCCUUAUUGGAAGAAAAUGAAUCUUUGUCGGAUGAUGAAAUCUUUCUGCCUUCUAGUGAUGACGAAUCGGAUCAUAUCAGCGAAGCUUCUGAAGUUCCAAGUGAUACGGACGUGGAAGAUGCCGAAAUAAACAUUGAACCACAUUCAGAUGAUACGACAUCAACACUUCAACCAUUUUAUCUAGGAAAAGAUGGAAGAACAAAGUGGUAUAAAUCGCCACCGCGAACCGAUGUUCGAACAAGGGCCGAAAAUCUUAUUACUCAUUUGCCUGGAUGUAAAUAUGCAGCUCGACAUAAAAAAACUCACCAAGAAUGCUUCGAGACCUUUUUCACUGAUGAAAUCGUUGACAUUGUUUUGAAGAAUACGAACCAGAAGAUUUCUUUGAGAAUGGAGAACUCUACGUCUAAUUCAACAUACGGGGAAAACUGA